AUGGUGGUAGAUACGUCCUACUACGAUCUGCUUGGCGUUUCACCUGAUGCCAAAGCUAUCGACAUCAAAAAGGCGUACAGAAAAAAGUCCAUUCAAGAACAUCCAGAUAAAAACCCUAACGAUCCCAGCGCUACUGAACGAUUCCAAGCCAUAUCACAGGCUUACCAGGUCCUUAGUAAAGAUGAUCUACGUGCCAAGUAUGACAAAUUUGGAAAAGAAGAAGCAAUUCCCAAGGAAGGGUUUGAGGACGCAGCUGAACAGUUUUCGAUGAUUUUCGGCGGCGAUGCGUUCUCCUCAUACAUCGGUGAGUUGACUCUUCUGAAGAACUUACAAAAAACUGGUGAGCUCAGCGCCGAAGAUGAGCAGGAUGAAGCAAAUGAGAAAGCUAAUACAGAGGAGAAAGACAGUUUGCAUGAGCCAAAUAGUGCUGCUGAAACUUUGAAGAAGCUUCAAAUCUCCGAUAGCUAUGAGAAAGAGAAGCCGCAGGAUGAGACCAACAAAGCUGCCACGGAGAAACCCAAGAAGAAGACCAAACUAGAGAUUUUUGAGGAGGAACAAAAGCUGGAAAAGGAGAAAAGCAUAAAAGAGCUGAGCAAACUGCUGAGCGAUCGGCUUUCGAUUCUGACAGAAAGUGAAUAUAGUGCAGCCUGCAAGGAUUCCUUUGCUAAAAAAUUCGAGGAAGAGGCGAAUAUGCUCAAAAUGGAGUCUUUCGGGCUGGACAUUCUACACACUAUAGGCUACGUGUACUGCGAGAAGGGUCAAAUCUACCUUAAGUCGCAAUACGUAUGGGGAUUCGGGGGGGUAUUCCAAUCCAUCAAGGCGAAGAGCGGAGUCGUUAUGAAUACAUUGAAAACUGUUUCUGCUGCCUUGGAUGCUCAAAAUACGAUGCAGGAGCUAGAAAAGCUUAAGGCAGUGGCAGAAACGGAGGAGGUGCUUCGUGAUGACAAGGGCCAGGAAAUAGCGAAACCAACUGCCGAGGAGCUUGCGCAGCUGGAACAGCUUUUGAUGGGUAAAGUUCUAUCUGCAGCGUGGCACGGGUCCAAGUUCGAGAUAAUGUCCACGCUGAGGUCUGUCUGCGACAAUGUUUUGGAGGAUACGCGAGCAGACAAAAGGACCUUGAUAAGGAGAGCAGAAGCACUCGUAAUUUUGGGCCAAGUUUUCAAAAAAGCGUUCCGGUCAAAGGUUGAGCAAGAGGAGGCACAGGUGUUCGAAGAGUUGGUGGCUGAUGCUACGAAAAAGAAGUCGAGACACAAGUGA